CGUCGAAAAAUCACACUAAUGGUAAUCGAGCUGAUGGAGUUGGUUACAUGACGGAUGCUGAUAAGUAUCAGCUCAUUUAUGUUGAAGGCUCGAGACCAGUAACAAAAGAUAAAAAGGAAACCGAUGACAUCAAAAAAAUAACAGAUAAUUUAAAGAAUAUAUUCGCGAAUAUUGUAAAGGAAACCAUCAAAAGCAGGCAACGUUUACCAAAGAAGUUGUAUGUAUUCGGUGGACAAAGUUUUCGUCUUCGGAUAUAUUUAUAUUUUCUUGAUUAUUAUGGAACGUAUAGAUUAAACGAGAUUGAUAAUGCCAAUCUUCCUCGAAAAUUUUCUGAAAUGAAAAAUUUCGUUUAUUUCUAUGAAAGUGUAUUGAAAUGGUCGCUAUUGGUUCGUGAUGUUAAAGCAUCUUUUGAUGAUGCAAGAGCUGAACAAAGACCUUCGCGACUUUCAUACGCAAACGCUCUUCUCCAGUUGGAUUGA